AAAAGAUAGGCCAGCAAAGUCUAGUCUAGUCUUCAGCUCUGCAGAAGAGCCUGCCGCCAGUGUUUGAGUAUCCAGUACGGUGAGAAGGACUGUUGUGAGAAUUUUUGUCCAAGAUGGCCGAUUUGAGCGCCGAGGCGCCGCUGGCACCGAGUGAAGAGUGGAACGAGUUCAGUGAUUUCCAGCAGGCGGUCGAAUUCAACAACGGCAACGACAAUGGCAACACGACUAAUAACAGCAGCCCACCGCCGAGGAACAAAGCCUUGGAUAAUGUCAAGAAAAUGGAGAGCAGCAGCAGCAACAACAUGGCCGAUCAUUUUGGCGAAACGAGCAGCUCUCUGUCAACUUCGCUCGAGGAUCUAGUCAACACGUUCGACGACAAAAUCACCAAAUGUUUCCGCGAUCUCGAUCAGAAUGUCGAGAGCCUCGCCCCCGUCCAAAUUCGUAACCAAGACGACAUCAUCAACGAGUCACAGAUGUGGUGGACAUUGACUGGCAAUUAUGGAAACAUCCUCCCAAUUGACUGGUCAAAGUCGAUGACCCGACGGUUACAUUUACCAACUCUCCAGCUGCACGACAGACAGAAACCCAGUCAAGAGGUAGACACGCUGUCAGAUGAGGAUGAAGCUGUGGCCUCCGAUUUGGACUUGCACGCAUUGAUCGUGGCACACAAUCCACCCGACUUGGAAAUUGAACCGCUCCAGUCGGCCGAAGAAGUUAUCAAGGAAAUUGACGACCUCAUGCAGGAUCCUUCAUCGCCGGAAAUGAGCGAGAACAUGCAUCAGAGUCCGGACACGCCCGAAUGCGCCAUGCCCUACCGAUUGUCUAACGCCAUUCAUCAAGAAAAGUUGGAAACGUGGAGCGUCGGCCAGCUGAAUGAGCUCCUGUCCGAGCUGGAGUGGCGGGUCCAGCACCAUUCCGAGACUUUAAUCGCCGAGCUGGCCCUUCGAGACGAGCUCGAGUACGAGAAGGAGUUGAAAAACACUUUCAUCUCUUUACUGUUGAACGUGCAGAACAAGCGCCGCCAAAUGACGGCCAACCAGAAGAAGCCGGCCACCAAUGCAACGACACCGACGGGCAAGAACGGCAAUAAAAUGGGCAGCGGGUUCACCAGCCAGCCCGAUUGCAAGUACAUCACGACAGUCAUUCCCUAUCACCCUGGCAACGGACCUCCGAGCAAUCCGACCGUCCAGGUCCUCAUCAAAAUUCUCCGAGCCAUUGUUGAGGAUAGCCCAACCGUACCGACAUUACUGACGGAUUAUAUUUUGAAAGUGUUGUGUCCGACGUAGUUGCUAGGUCGUGGCGCCGCGCUCGACGUGGUCGUUUCUCUCAUUUCCAGUUCUUCGUCUUCUUCAUUCGUCAAAAUAAUUGACGUCCAAGAAUCUUAACCGCAAUCUCUUUUCAGCUGGCGGAUGCUUUAACGUUCGUCCUACGCGCACCAUCAUUAAAUAAUAUUUCAGAACAAAAAAAAAAGAAUUCCUUUUGACAGAAGAAUAUCGGCUUUUGUGGCCUCGUUUGCGUUCGUUGAAAACAAAAAAAGAAACAAGAACUUUUUUCUUUUCUUUUUUUUGUGUUGGAAUUUGUAGUCGAAACCGGAACAAAUCUGAAUCUCCUUCCUUUUGUACGAAUAAGCCUUUUUCCUCCCAUUUUUGUUAUUCUUCAUUUGCUCCCUUACGACUGUUUGAACUUUUUCGCCUAAUGUGUUUAUAGUUUUGACUCUACAGCCGCCGUUGUUUUUCUUUUUUUAACCUCGCUUAGGCUUCCUCAAUUUAUUUGGUGAUUAUUUAUAUACCUUGCAAGAUCUUUUCUCUCUCUCUCUCCCACCCACUCUUGUCUGACAACACACAGAAAGUUGGAACCGAGUCAAAAUCAAAGCCGGGGGACUCUCCCGCUUGAAAGAAGAAAAACACGAGAUUGAAUAUCCGAGCAGAGUGAGAAGAAGAAGAAGCUCGUCUAGUCAAAACAUUUGAUCCUAGUUCCCCCGCCACCCAAUUAAUUGACGUCAUCCUACCUUGUCGGCAGCGCGAUCCUUUUCAAUUUAUUUUUUUUCCCCGCGAGAAAACAAGAAACGACGAAGAAAAAGAAGAAGAAAAAAGUGUAACUAGAUCUCAACCAGUUCUUUCUCCUCCCCGCUGCGUGUGACAAUGACUAAUAAGAAAAGAAGAAAACAGGUUGAAAGACAAUAUAAAUAACGAGACUGGCUGCUGCUUUUGACAUCCCGGAGGUUGAUGUGACACUUCUCUGUUCCGUUGUGGCUUUUUUGCGUUCAGUAUUUUUUUUUUGUUCUUUUCUUCCUUCCUUGUAUACAAAAAUUUUUUCGUGACGUGUGUCGUGUGCCACUUAUGGACGUUAAAAAAAAAGCGCAAUACAUUACAAUGCUCCCAUU